AUGCUCAAGAUCACAACCAGUUCCGUCAACAAGAAGUUGACCAGCAACCAGACCAUGCGUCUUUUCUCGUCGGUGCCAACUCAAUUGCAGAAACAUCGGGUCGAAACGGACGCGUUUGGCGAAAUUGAAGUUCCCGCGGACAAGUACUGGGGGGCACAGACACAGCGAUCGUUCCAGAAUUUCAAGAUCGGUGGAGCUCGUGAAAGAAUGCCUGAGCCCGUGAUUAGAGCGUUUGGUGUACUCAAGAAAUCCGCUGCCAUUGUUAAUGAGUCUCUUGGCACGCUAGAUCCAAAAGUUUCGAAACCUAUCCAACAGGCUGCGGACGAAGUUAUCCAGGGUAAAUUGAACGAUCAUUUCCCACUGGUCGUUUUCCAAACGGGCUCCGGAACUCAGAGUAACAUGAACGCGAACGAGGUCAUCUCGAAUCGUGCCAUUGAGAUCGUCGGCGGUGAGCUGGGCUCGAAGUCGAUCCAUCCCAACAACCACUGUAACCAAGCGCAAUCCUCGAAUGACACUUUUCCCUCCGUGAUGCAUAUCGCUGCCGUCACUGAGAUCACCAACUCGUUGUUGCCACAACUCACUGCUCUCAGAGACGCGCUCGCUGACAAGUCGGAAGAAUUCAAAUCUAUUGUGAAAAUCGGAAGAACCCAUCUCCAGGAUGCUACGCCCUUGACGCUCGGCCAAGAAUUCAGCGGGUACGUGCAGCAGGUCACCAACGGUAUCGACCGCGUUGAACAAUCCUUGCACCAUUUGAAAUAUCUGGCGCAAGGUGGCACCGCGGUGGGAACUGGACUCAACACCAAGAUCGGAUUCGCCGAGAAAAUCGCUGAGCAAGUCUCUAAAGAAUGCGGUAUUACUUUCAAGACCGCUCCUAACAAGUUCGAAGCGCUCGCUGCACACGACGCAGUCGUCGAAUGCUCCGGUGCGCUAAACACUUUGGCUUGUUCGCUUUUCAAGAUUGCCAACGAUAUUAGAUACCUUGGCUCCGGUCCUCGUUGUGGCUACGGUGAAUUGUCGCUACCUGAAAAUGAACCUGGUUCUUCUAUCAUGCCGGGCAAAGUCAACCCUACUCAAAACGAAGCCAUGACUCAAGUCUGUGUCCAGGUGUUUGGUAACAACGCUGCCAUCACUUUUGCAGGUGCCUCAGGUCAAUUCGAAUUGAACGUUUUCAAGCCUGUCAUGAUCUCCAAUUUGCUCAGCUCCAUUAGACUUUUGGCCGACGCAUCUCACUCGUUCAGAAUUCACUGUGUUGAAGGUAUUCGUGCCAACGAGGACAAGAUCGCCAAAUUAUUGCACGAAUCUCUUAUGUUGGUCACUGCACUCAACCCAAAGAUUGGUUACGAUGCCGCCUCAAAAGUGGCCAAGAACGCUCACAAGAAGGGAAUCACUCUUAAGGAGUCCGCUCUGGAACUAAAGGUCUUGACUUCGGAAGAGUUCGACCAGUGGGUCGUGCCAGAACACAUGAUCGGUCCUAAUAAAUGA